GCCAAAGGGACAGACUGGACAGACUGCAGCGAGGAGGAGUAAGGGAGCAAGUGUCCAGUAGAGGAAGGAAAAAGGAAAUUGUCAAGUCGCCUACCAAGAGGCUUUUAUUUCUAUUCCAAAGAUUAUCACUUAAAAUGAGAGACUGUGCGUUAAACAGGCUACAUAUGCAGCGUUAUUUCUACUAAAACUAGAAGUGGCAUCUCAUGAGAGAUUUUGUUAACGCGCUGCAUAUAACCUACAGUUAGUCGUCAGAGAAGGACACGGUGUAACAGCCAGGUUCGGGAUUUUUUACAGCCAGAUGUUAAAAAUGACGGAAGAGCACGACAAGUCCCUCGCCGAUCCCCCCUGCAGCCCCGCGGGGACGACCAGCUCCAUGUCCCAGGAGGACUCCGACUCCGACGCCCCCCUGUCGCCGACUGGAUCGGACGGACCCGGGUCCCAGCACAGGCUGGGGAAGAAACUGGAGGGCGAGGAAGACGAGCGCUUCCCCGCUUGCAUCCGCGACGCCGUGUCCCAGGUCCUCAAAGGUUACGACUGGUCGCUCGUCCCGAUGCCGGUGCGGGGAAGCGGCUCGUUGAAGAACAAGCCGCACGUCAAGAGACCCAUGAACGCCUUCAUGGUCUGGGCGCAGGCGGCGCGCAGGAAACUCGCGGACCAGUACCCGCACCUGCAUAAUGCCGAACUUAGCAAGACCUUGGGCAAACUGUGGCGAUUGUUAUCCGAGAGCGAGAAACGACCCUUCGUGGAGGAAGCGGAGCGGCUGCGAGUCCAGCACAAGAAAGAUCACCCGGACUACAAGUACCAACCCCGCAGGCGGAAAAGCGUUAAAACUGGACAAAGCGACUCCGACUCCGGGGCCGAACUGAGCCACCACCCCUCCAGCCAGAUCUACAAGUCGGAGCCCCUGGGGGGGUUGGCCGACGGUCACCAUCACUCCGACCACGCAGGGCAGCCCCACGGCCCCCCGACGCCCCCCACCACCCCCAAAACGGACCUCCACCAGGUCAGCAAGCAGGACCUGAAGCACGAAGGCCGGCGCCUGCUGGACAGCGGCCGGCAGAACAUCGACUUCAGCAACGUGGACAUCACGGAGCUCAGCACCGACGUCAUCGGCAACAUCGAGGCCUUCGACGUGCACGAGUUCGACCAGUACCUGCCGCCCAACGGCCACGCCACGGAGCAGCUGAGCCCGAGCCACUACAGCGAGCACUCGCACGGCUCGCCGGCCCCGGCCGAAUACAGCUCCUACGGGGCCCAGACGUCUGCCGCCUCGCCGACCGUCGCCACUUCCUUCUCCAGCUCCCAGUGUGACUAUACAGACCUCCAGAGCUCGAAUUACUAUAACCCCUAUUCUGGGUACCCCUCCAGUCUUUAUCAGUACCCUUACUUUCAUUCCUCUCGGCGCCCCUACGCCACCCCCCUCCUCAACAGCCUGUCCAUUCCGCCGUCACACAGCCCGACGGCCAAUGGGACCAGCCCGUGUACACCACCCUCACCAGGCCCUAAAGCCGCGCGCGGGGGACCACCGCCGGACAGCUCUCCCCUUCCUCACGAAGUCUCGAGGACCUCCGAAAGCUGCCCAGGGCUUUCUGCACUAAUGAAGGAAUAGAGUACAGUAGGGUGGAGCACCGUGCCAACCAGGUUUGAAAAUAAAGAAGUGCCUGCUGAUCUCAAAACAUGGCGGAGGGAAAAACGGAACUGUUGCCUAGGCCAAGCUUGUAAUGUAACGCAAACUGAAACGGUUCCUUUUGUGCGAGGAAGCCGCGGUUAUGGAACUGUGUGUGUUAAAUGGAUUAAUGUAUGAAUCCUCUGUGAGGACCAUCUUAAGCCCACGUACGUGUAGGUACACGUGCGCGUUUGUGAGUGUAUGGAAUAAUAUACGUGUCUGCCUUUUCGUAUUCUGAAAUACUGACUAGGGGGGUAAGGCGAUUGGCGUUAAAACGGGCAGUUUUUCCGAAGCGCACUGGGACCAAGUCUGUGAACUUCCUCCGAAACAAUCCUCAACGCAGCAAAGCCGGAAAACACAUCUGAAGGUUGGACCGAUUAUAACGAGUCAGUUCCGCAACGCAAGGUUUAACUCUCUGGAUGUAGAGGGUGUUUUACUUUUCCGUGUUUAUUUUAUUCGUGCGACGUAUUUAUGUUUGCAACCAGUGGAAUUAUUGUAUUGUGAUUUGUGUGUGGAAAAUUAAAUUCUAAUAUUCCGUAGUGGAGAAUUGUCUGUAACCUCUAACCACUUCUCGCUUAAUUAAGAUGCGCCGCGCACCCCUCCUUUCGGGAUUAUAAAACACAAAGAAA